AUGGUACCUGGUCAUCUGGUCAUUUGGUUGUCAACAAUUGCUUUAUGUUACUACCAUAUGCAGAAUCUCGUGGAAAGACAAGCAAAAACGGGCUUACCUGAGAUUUCCAAUUCAGGGAUUUACCAGAAUAACAAAAGAAUAGAAAGGAUUACGCCUCCUCAUCUUCAAGCGAUCAUAAUUUCCAACCCUUGUAUACUGUAUAUGAUGUUCCAAUUAAGUACAAUUCGGGCAAGAUUUCCAAAUAGGAAGGGUACGGAAGGUGAUAAAAAGAAUCUGAGAAUUCAAGAUGUUUCACGUUGCACAAUUGACCACAAUAUUAUCAAAGCCGACAAGUGGAUUAUACAAGUUGCAGGUAGGCGUGGGGUAUGGGGUGUGGCGCGAAACGUGGAUCGAUCUUUUACAUGCCCCAACAAAAAGAAUGAUGGCGGAACAGGAGUUUAG